GAACCAAGGAAAAUAAAUUUUUUUAUUUUUUAUUUUUAUUUUACUUUCACAAACAAACAUCAAGAUCCAGUCGAGAGAGCGUGUGACUAAUUAGCCAUAAAGCCCGAUUAACGCAUCUGUCGGCUUGGCUCCCCGAAGAAUUAGUCAGUCAUUUCCAAAAUAAAAAGGCUCGCUCGCUCUUUUCUUCUCCCUUUAUCUGGAUUGAUUCAUUCGAUCUAACGCAUUUCAGUUUCUAAUGACUUUGCAUAUCAACCAGCACUCAGAUCAGAUUUCACAGAUCUGAAAAAAAAAAAAAGUGAUGUCAGCUUCCCAAACGCUCGGCGGCCCGUCGCGGUGCGGCCGUGUACUGGGCCCAUCUCUCGACAAGAUCAUCAAAAACGCCGCUUGGCGAAAGCACUCUCACCUCGUUUCCUCAUGCAAAUCCGCUCUCGACAAGCUCGAGACCCUCUCCGACACCGCCUUAUCGGAUCCGACUUCUCCUCUACUCGGCCUUUCCUCUCCCGACGCCGAUUUUGUCCUCAACCCUAUCCUCCUCGCCCUCGACUCCAAUUACGCCAAAGUUGCCGAGCCCGCCCUCGAAUGCACCUUCAAAUUGUUCUCUCUCGGCGUCGUUCGUGGCGAGAUCGACAGCAACAUCUCCAAUUCGAUCCUCUACAAAGUUGUCGAAAGUGUUUGCAAAGUCGGCGGCAUUGGCGACGAAUCGGUCGAGCUCGCUGUGCUACGAGUUUUACUCUCCGCCGUUCGAUGCCCUUGCGUUUUGAUCCGUGGCGAUUGCUUGCUUCUCGUUGUUAGAACUUGUUAUAACGUAUAUUUAGGCGGUUUAAAUGGAACCAAUCAGAUCUGUGCUAAGUCUGUUCUAGCUCAGAUUAUGCUCAUUGUAUUUACCCGAGCGGAAGAAGAUUCCAUGGAUGUUUCUAUCAGAACAGUUUCAGUUAGUGAGCUUUUAGAGUUUACUGAUAAGAAUUUAAAUGAAGGAAGUUCAAUUUAUCAUUGCCAGAAUUUUGUUAGCGAGGUUAUGAGUGGUAGUGAGGGGGUUCCAGAUUUGAAGCUUUCGCAGCCGGUUCAGGAGUUGCAAAAUGGUGAGUCUAAUAUGUCGAAGGAGAAGGAGGAAAGUGGGGAGGAAGAGACGAGGGAUGAGGUGGAGUCGGGUUCCAGUGGGGUUAGUAGUAAAAUUAGGGAGGACGGAUUUCUUGUUUUUAAGAAUUUGUGUAAGUUGUCAAUGAAGUUCUCAUCGCAGGAUAAACCGGAUGAUCAGAUCCUUUUGAGAGGGAAGACAGUGUCUUUGGAACUCCUCAAGGUUAUUAUGGAUAAUGGGGGUUCAGUUUGGCGCUCAAAUGAGAGGUUUCUUAAUGCAAUUAAGCAGUAUCUCUGCUUAUCAUUGUUAAAAAACAGUGCAUUGUCAGUGAUGUCGAUUUUCCAGCUCCAGUGUGCUAUUUUUAUGAGCUUGUUAACGAAAUUUAGAGCAGGGUUGAAAGCUGAAAUUGGAAUAUUCUUUCCCAUGCUAAUCCUCCGAGUUCUAGAGAAUGUUCUCCAGCCAAGUUUUGUACAGAAAAUGACUGUCCUUAAUUUGUUGGAAAAGAUCGCUGGGGAUUCACAGAUUAUCAUUGAUAUAUUUGUGAACUAUGACUGCGAUGUGGAUUCACCAAACAUAUUUGAAAGGAUUGUCAAUGGUGUUCUGAAAACUGCUCUAGGGCCACCGCCUGGUUCAACCACAACUUUGUCUGCAGUCCAGGAUAUUACUUUCCGGCAUGAAUCAGUGAAGUGCUUGGUUGGCAUCAUUAAGUCAAUGGGAGCUUGGAUGGACCAACAGCUGAAGAUAGGUGAUUCUGACUUGCAUAGGAGCUUUCAGAGUGACACUUCAGUAGAGAUCCAUUCAACCCCGGCUGCUGAAGAUGGAGCUGUCCCUGAUUGUGAUUUACAUCCUGAAAUGAAUUCUGAAUUGUCAGAUACUGCUACGCUUGAGCAACGCCGGGCUUACAAGAUUGAACUUCAGAAAGGUGUCUCAUUGUUUAACAGGAAGCCAUCCAAAGGCAUUGAGUUUCUCAUAAACACCAAAAAAGUUGGCGACUCUCCUGAGGAAGUGGCUUCUUUUCUGAAAAAUAACACUGCUGGGCUGAAUGAAACUAUGAUUGGUGAUUAUUUGGGUGAAAGGGAGGAAUUUCCUUUGAGAGUCAUGCAUGCUUAUGUGGAUUCCUUUAAUUUCAAAUCUAUGGAUUUUGGUGAAGCAAUAAGGUUUUUCCUACGCGGCUUCAGGUUACCAGGAGAGGCACAGAAAAUUGACCGCAUCAUGGAAAAGUUUGCUGAGCGCUAUUGUAAAUGCAACCCAAACUCAUUUACUAGUGCAGAUACUGCCUAUGUUCUGGCAUACUCUGUCAUUAUGCUCAACACUGAUGCCCAUAAUAACAUGGUCAAAGAUAAGAUGACCAAGUCUGAUUUCAUCCGAAACAACCGAGGAAUAGAUGAUGGCAAGGAUUUACCUGAGGAGUAUCUUGGUGCUCUCUAUGAUCAGAUUGUGAAAAAUGAAAUUAAGAUGAAUGCUGAUUCCAAUGUUCCUCAAAGCAAGCAGGCAAACAGCUUGAAUAAGUUAUUGGGUUUAGAUGGUAUACUUAAUCUGGUCAGUUGGAAGCAAACAGAAGAAAAGCCAUUGGGUGCAAAUGGGCUUCUUAUAAGACAUAUCCAAGAGCAGUUUAAGGCAAAGUCAGGAAAAUCAGAGUCUGUUUAUCAUGCUGUUUCAGAUAUAACAAUCUUGAGGUUUAUGGUGGAGGUCUGCUGGGGACCUAUGCUCGCUGCAUUUAGUGUCACUCUUGACCAGAGUGAUGAUAGACUUGUUACCACUCAGUGCUUACAGGGCUUUCGACACGCUGUGCAUAUAACUGCAGUAAUGGGCAUGCAGACGCAGAGAGAUGCUUUUGUCACAUCUGUGGCAAAGUUCACUUUUCUUCAUUGUGCUGCAGAUAUGAAACAAAAGAAUGUUGAUGCUGUAAAGGCAAUAAUAUCUAUUGCCAUUGAAGAUGGUAACCAUCUUCAGGAAGCCUGGGAGCAUAUAUUGACAUGCCUGUCCAGAAUUGAGCAUUUGCAACUGUUGGGAGAAGGCGCACCGGCUGAUGCUUCUUUUUUAUCUGUGUCUAACCCUGAAACAAAUGAAAAGAUGGCAAAAUCUGUUGGUCUUCAAUCUUUGAAGAAAAAAGGAACCCUCCAGAAUCCAGCUGUAAUGGCAGUUGUCCGAGGGGGUUCAUAUGAUAGCACCACUGUUGGAGUCAAUAGUUCAGGACUGGUAACUCCUGAGCAGAUUAAUCAAUUCAUUGCAAACUUGAAUUUAUUGGACCAGAUAGGAAAUUUCGAGUUGAACCAUGUUUUUGCGCAUAGCCAAAGGUUAAACAGUGAAGCAAUAGUGGCAUUUGUGAAAGCCCUUUGCAAAGUUUCUAUAUCAGAGUUGCAGUCUCCAACAGAUCCUCGUGUUUUUAGCCUCACAAAACUAGUUGAAAUUUCGCAUUACAAUAUGAACCGCAUCAGAUUAGUUUGGUCUCGCAUGUGGAAUGUUCUCUCUGAUUUCUUUGUUUCGGUUGGAUUGUCUGAGAAUUUAUCUGUAGCAAUUUUUGUGAUGGAUUCAUUGCGGCAGCUUGCUAUGAAAUUCUUAGAACGUGAGGAGCUGGCAAAUUACAAUUUCCAGAAUGAAUUUUUGAGACCAUUUGUGAUUGUUAUGCAGAAAAGCAGCUCUGCGGAAAUAAGGGAAUUAAUAGUUCGAUGCAUUUCUCAGAUGGUUCUCAGCCGUGUCAGUAAUGUGAAAUCUGGAUGGAAAAGUGUUUUUAUGGUAUUCACGGCUGCUGCUGCGGAUGAGCGGAAGAAUAUCGUCUUGCUAGCUUUUGAGACAAUGGAAAAAAUAGUGCGAGAAUACUUUCCUCAUAUAACUGAGACAGAAGUUACCACCUUUACUGAUUGUGUAAGAUGCCUCAUCAAGUUCACAAAUAGCAGGUUUAACAGUGAUGUUAGCCUCAAUGCUAUUGCAUUUCUCCGGUUCUGUGCUGUCAAACUUGCUGAGGGGGGACUUGUUUGCACUGAUAAGAGCUCAGAUGAUGGUUCAUCCGUUUCAAUUGUGAAUAAGGAUGAUUCAGAUAUACAAAGUUUCGCUGAUAUUGAUGAUCAUGGAUCGUAUUGGGUUCCUUUGCUAACAGGUUUAUCAAAACUAACAUCUGACUCAAGAUUAGCUAUCCGGAAGAGUUCGUUGGAAGUGCUUUUCAACAUCCUGAAGGAUCACGGUCAUCUUUUCUCACGAACAUUCUGGACUGGUGUUUUUACUUCUGUUGUUCUCCCCAUAUUUAAUGGUGUAUGUGAAAAGAGAGACAUGCCUGUAAAAGAUGAGCAGGAUUCACCAACUUCGAAAUCUCAUCCUAAUGGAAGUACAUGGGACACUGAAACUUCGGCCGUUGCAGCACAGUGUCUAGUAGAUCUAUUUAUUAGUUUUUACAAUGUAUUGAGGCCCCAGUUAUCAAAUGUGGUAUCUGUACUGACAGGAUAUUUGAGAAGUUCAAUACAGGGUCCUGCAAACACUGGGGUUGCAGCGAUGUUCCGUUUGACUGGAGAGUUAGGAAACAGAUUUGCAGAUGAAGAAUGGCAAGAAAUAUUUCUAUCUUUAAAAAAAGCAGCCACAUUAACGUUGCCAGGGUUUAUGAAGCUUUUGAAAACCAUGGAUGACAUCAAGGUGCCUGAUAAUUCUCAAUCCCAUGCUAAUACCGAAACAAGUUCUGAUGGAUUGACCAAUGAUGAUGUUGAGGAUGAUAAUCUGCAAACUGUGGCUUAUGUGGUUUCAAGAAUAAAGAGUCAUAUAGCCGUCCAGCUGCUCAUCAUGCAGGUUAUAACUGAUAUGUACAAAGCACACCUACAAUUCUUGUCAGCCUCCAAUAUCAACAUCAUUGUUGAGAUAUUUUCUUCCAUUGCAUCACAUGCUCAGCAACUGAACUCUGAUACUACCCUGCAAAAGAAAAUACAGAAAGCGUGCUCAAUCUUGGAGCUCUCUGAUCCUCCUAUGGUUCACUUUGAGAACGAGGCUUAUCAAAAUUACCUCAAUUUCCUCCAAGAUCUAGUAAAAAAUAAUCCAUCUGUCUCUGAGGAGAUGAAUCUAGAAUCACUACUUGUGGCAGUAUGUGAAAAAAUAUUGCAGAUAUACCUUAACUGUGCUGAUUACCAGUGUGUACAGCAGAAGUCCGUUGACAAGCCAGUGGCUCAUUGGAUUCUUCCAUUGGGUUCGGCCAAAAGGGAAGAAUUGGCGGCUAGAACUCCUUUACUUGUCUCAGCGCUGAACGCAUUGGGUGGUUUGGAAAGGGAUUCUUUUAGAAAGUACGUUUCAAAUUUCUUUCAUCUGUUGCUCGAUCUUGUACGGAGCGAGCAUGGCUCGGGCGAAGUUCAACUUGUUCUAAGCAACUUAUUCCAGUCAUGUAUAGGUCCAAUAAUAAUGCAAUAAUUUAUUAUUUAUAUAAUAUUACAUUAUUAUUACAUCACAGUUUUGAUCAUCAUAGUUGGCUUGCUGAGUAGCCAAGGUAUCAAUAGAUAUUAUUUUUUGUAGCAUAUUCUGAGUUUUCUUCUCUUCUAUCUUUUCUUUCCCUGAAAAAGAGUGUACAUGUUAAUGAACAUCCUGAUGAUAUAAAUUGAAAAUUUAUUCCAAUUUGGAGUUCCUUGUGUUUUGGCAGUGAUGUAGUUUGUUGGUAUACUUUUAACAGAAGCCCGACACAACAUGAGGAAGUGCGUAUAUCUUUUGUCUAUGGGUUCAUCAUAAAUAGUCUGCUCGCACAACCUGGCAAGGCCCAGGGAACAAAAGAAACAGAACCCCACUAAAGCCCUACGCAGAAACAACCUGUGUGGAUCAGGAUAGCAUGUAGAAGAUGGAAAUGGGAAGAACGGGCAAUGAAAAGUAGGAAAAUAAGCCAUGCAAUGUAGAUUUAACUAGGACUAGGGCAAAAAGGCCAAAAUGGAAAAAGAUGGCACGGGUUGCCAAGGAUUCAGCAUAACAGUUGUAUCUGGAAGUUGGGAAAACGAAGUAUGACUCAUAUGGAAUUUCAAAUAUGGAUAUUGACAAAGCAAAGAAGAGAAGUAGAAGGGAUUCAGGCAGGGUUUCGCAAGAAAUACUACAACAAACGACGGUGGCUGCAACCCAGUCCUAUCAAGAGCCAUAAGGUGCUUAAAAUGAAAUUGUCGUAGACUUGGAAACCCACGAGCAAUUCAGGCUCUUCGGAAGAUAUUGAAGAGAAAAGAUUUCGAGGUGGUUUCUUAAGUGAAACUAUCUCCAAGGUAACCAACCUUGAUAGAACUCGCAAAAAGUGCAUUAUGUACGGGAUGAUUGGAGUGGACACGGUUGGGAGAAACGGGGCCUGGCACU